UUACCUCCUAGUAUAGACUCACAUCCUCUUUCCACACCCAUUCUCUUACCUCCUACUACAUCCACCUUUUCCCUCCCCAUUUCGGCCUCAUUUUCCCGCUGAUUUUCACACUAAUAUGGCACCCGCAGCAUUGACGCCGCCGAAUGAGCGGGCUGAGGAGCUCACGGGUGAGCAGUCGCUGGAUGUGUCCAACAUGGGCACAGCGAGAAAGAUUAUAUGUUUCUCUGAUUUCGACGGGACGAUUUUCAUGCAAGACACGGGACAUAUUCUCUUCCAUGCGUAUGGCUGUGGCACGGAAAGGCGAGCUGAACUCGAAGAGCAAAUCAAGAGUGGCGAACGCAGCUUCAGAGACGUCUCGGAGGAGAUGUGGGGAUCGCUUGAUGUUCCCUUCGACGACGGCUUCAAGGCUCUCGAAAAGGAUCUGGUCGUAGAUCCCGGCUUCAAGUCAUUCCACCAGUUCUGCAAUAACAACAACAUCCCCUUCAAUGUCAUUUCUGCUGGACUCAAACCUGUGCUGCGGAGAGUACUCGACCACUUCCUCGGAGAGGAGCAGAGCAGCGGUAUCGAUAUUGUGGCCAAUGAGGCAGAGAUCGAUGCUGAAGGUCAUCAAUGGAAGCCCAUCUGGAGACAUGAGACGACCUUGGGCCACGACAAGGCUUUGUCCAUUGAUGAAUACAAGACACGAGCCAAGCUUGAAAGUGACGAUGGCACAAUCCCCAUGAUUGUCUUCAUCGGAGACGGCAUAUCCGAUCUCGCCGCAGCCGGCCAAUCCGACGUCCUCUUCGCCCGCCGAGGCCUCGCACUCGAGGAGCACUGCAUCAAGAAUAACAUCGAACACAUUCCCUACGACAGCUUCGCCGACAUCCAGCGCGAAGUGACCAAAAUUGCCAAACUCGACCAAGCCAAGACAAAAGGUGAAGGUCUGCCCGUCAAAUUCAACCCACGAGCCAAUUUGUGGAGGAAAAUGUCUUCCAAACAUGCUGUGCCGACGUUCAAGGCUAUGACCCCCAGUGUGGAAGAGCGAGCGUUUCUUUGGCCGGAAACUUUUACCCAGCCCAAGUCGACGGCGGCGGCGGCGACGAAGCCGGUUGCUGUUGCGAAUUGAUUGCGGAGAGGAUUUUCAGCGGAGUUUACUGGUUCAAGGUGGGGGAUUGAUACAUGUGUCUUAGGUGCAGGAUAGAAACUGGACUUUUUUUUGGACGG